AUGGGGUGGUGGUCUGCCUUGAAAUGGAGGGAUAAUCAUAUUUUUCUACCUCUUGAUGAGUUUGUUGAUGACCCUGUUAAGACUAUCUCAAUGGCUGUGAAAGAUGAGUCAAGGCUUCUCAUGAGGCUUUUACUCAGUUGGGAGCCUCCUGGUUUAGGUAUGUUUAAAUUGAAUCUGGAUGGUUCUAGGAGAGCAGCCUCAGGUUGUAUUCGUGCUGGCGGAGUGAUCCGUGGGGCUAAUGGCAAUUGGAUCUGUGGUUUUGCUGUGAAUUUAGGCAAGGGGCAGAUCCUUGAGGCUGAGCUUUAG